AUGCUGCCCUGGCGCUGUUCACAUCUUUUUUUUUUUUUUUUUUUAGAGAAGACAGAGAGGCAGACGAGUUUUGGGGGUGAUAUAGACGGUGAGGUAUUAUACACAUACCGACACAAAAACAGGGAACACAGAAUCAAACAUAUAUAUAUCUUUAUGGAUGCCUUGUCCACGGGCUUUUGUGCGAGCGCCAUGAAGGGCGUACUUCCGCACGGUCCGGGGGAGAGCUGGGCCUCGCUCUGGCCUUCACCCAGAGUCCAAGUCGUGGACAUUCAGCGGUAUCCAAAGAUUGUGACGGAGCCAUUUGUGGUGUCGCGCUUUUAUGUUGCAGUGUCAGACUCAGCUUCGCUUAUUUGGCUUGUUGUUCCUCCUGGGAGUGAAAUGGAGGAGCUGAUUGAUACCUUUCAAAUCGAAGUGGGAUCCUGUAUCACGCUGAAUGAGUAUAGCGUGGUGGCAGCAAAAAAUGCAUUGAAUGUGGUUGUACCCCUUUCGAUAACUUAUUCAGGGAAUGAGCUUUCCCUAUUGGGGAACCCAACGGUUGAAGAAACUCUCUUUUGCCUGUCAACAGAGGCCCUUACCAAACGACGGGGAGCCGUAAAACCCAACUUUUCUCGCGCAAUUGAAUCGUAUAUGAAAAUAAGCCUCAUUGACUUUGUGGAUGCAAAGGGACACGAAUUGGAGGACUACGCACUGGAUCUGCGAAUAAUAUGGAAAGGGAAACAAAGACACCUUACAGCAAGUGGUUCAAUGGGGCGUUUUGUAUUUGAUUGUAUAGGAGUAGAUCGCAAUGGUGAUGCAGUGUCUAUUUCUUGUACGGGACAAUCGGGUCUUUACGACAUAUUUUCAUUGGGGGAUUGUGUUUGCGUGACAAACGCAUGUCUUACAAGCCGCAGUGAAGCCGAGGAUACGAUGCGAUUGCAACUCAACGAGCGAUCAUUUGUUGUGUUGCGUGGGGAAGAGGCAGUGAGUAACAUUCCAACACAUCCCUGUCGGAUGUUUGGUGCGAGAUCGGUGACAAAUCUCAUAAACUAUAGCAACGUUGGCGACAUUGUUCAUGUGGAGGGAGUGGUGACGUCCGUGUCUUCCGCGGCACUGGUAAACACAAGACGGGGGCGGGUCGAGCGCUCGGGGAUCUCGUUACAGGAUCCUGCUUCCUCAUCUCUUAUUGACGUGACGCUCUGGGAAGAGUUUUCGCGGAGUGUCAGACCAAAUGUGGGUGAGAGGUGGUGUUUUUGUGGAUUUGUUGUUGGUGAGUUUAUGCGGCGACUCACACUUUCCAGCAGGUACGGAAGUGGGGCAUUUCAGAUGAAGAUGACGCCAGAGAAGUCAUUGUUACCUGUGAACCGCACGGAAAAAAUUCCAUUUAUGUCUCUGGAAAAUAAGGACUCACUGCAGGUGGUUCUUGACCUGGAGGAGGCCUCCGAGACGUUACCGGUUCUGGCCAAAAUACAACGCGUACGGGUUCCCCUUACAUAUGUGGCUUGUCGAGGUUGCGGUAAGCAGAUUCGCAGCAAAGCCUCAUCUUGUGCAGCGUGUGGCGGGAGCACGCUGGAGGAGCGUUUUUUUGUCCGGCUGGAGUUAUCUGACGGUAUUUGUGCGGUGUCUGCUGUUGGCUUUGCGCAGAUUGGGGAGACGUUGUUUGGCAUGGAUUUGCCAACGCUGAUGAAGCAGCGGGAGGAGUCGCCUGGCUUUGAGGGAAAUAUUGCUCGGGAUGUCGUUGGUCUCCCGCUGCUGUUUUGGUUGCUGCGCUCACCCGAUGACAGCCUGUUGCAUGUUGUGAAGUGCCAGCACAUUGACAUGGCUCGCUGUGCGGCGACGCUGCUGGGUGCUCUUGCGCAGAUGAUGGGGCCGAGUUUUGACGCGUCACGAACAGAGUAG